CAAAGCUGAUAGGCUGURCACGUGGGGAAUUAUCUAAUGGUUCAAAAUAUAGGGUUUGAAAGAGCCACRACUGAUUACCAUCACCUCAGCAUGUUUCCGGUAAGGCAGCAUUAAGGGCCAUGUUUCAAACACUUCACUAGACUCCAUUAGACUAGAGCGAGUGCUUGCGAAGCGCUGUAUAGUGUCUCGCUGUAAUUGGUUUUGCUUCAAGUCUCGAACGAUGUGUAUUUUGAGUURGUGGACAUGACAAGAAAAUUGAUCUCAAACUGUAUGGGUCGCCUAACCUUGGUUUUAUUUGGUCCAACAUUUAGAAGACAACUGAGGUGUUAGUAAACAUUAAGGCUGAUCUGUUGGGCUUAUACAAUUAACGCUAAGACAAGCUUGAAGGGUUGCCUGCCCUGAGACAACAAAUUGUCGAGGGAAUGUGACACGAGAGAACACGAUGCUUCGAAAUACUUCUUAUUAACUCGCCUGAACUGGAGACUGAAAAACAACAUAGUGUACUGUACUUYGUGGCGCCUUCAAUUUGUUUGAAUGUUCUAAAGAUUCCUCAAAACAAGUUCAAAAUCCGCGCACUUGGUGAUUUCGAAAGCUCUGCAUACCAACCUUGACACUUACUWGGCUUCCUUGAGUGAAUUUUUACUCACAUCACCUUCAAAACACUGGAUGAACGUUCACUGUAUUUUACUUUCAGUAUCCAAAAAACGCUUUAUCAGCCGAGAAACAGAACGAGAGAUGUUGACGACAUGAAGAGCGACGGUCAUAUCUGGAGGCGAGUUUACUUGGCGAUAGUCGUGCUUUCAUCAAUUAAUUACGGGGAUCUGAUUUCGGCAGAUUCUAUUGGAGUCAUUGUAGAAAGAGUAACUCCUAUUCGGACGGUUCUCAGCGGUGAUGUAAACAUUUCUUUACAAAUCCCUGGAUAUCUGGUCAACGCUACUGCGCSAAGAACACUUUUUUUGACAGUCAUGGAACACCGAACUCACGUACGAUUACGAACUCUUAAGGUCGACGUGGAUYGUCAAAACCUUACAGUACAGUUACCAUGUGACUUGUUUGACCACGCUGGUCAGUACGGCUUUGCAUACAAAUUCUCUGGAAACGGGCCUACUGGAAAACUAAACACCACGUUGAGCCUCGAAUGGGGAAAGAUGACUGUAGAGGCACCGAGGAAUCACACGACUUUGACCCGCUUUGGUUAUAUUUGGGUCUAUCACGACCGCUCUUGCCUACCGAAAUCACGGCGUUACCGCGACAAAAUAAAUUUGUAUUAUCUAAAGGAAAAUCGAAAAGUGGUGAUAACRCAUCGAAUCGUACGGAAAGUAAAAAACGGCAAGCAAAAAGGCCCCASGCGAAGAAUGCGUAUGGGUUUUAGUUGUGACCUCUUUGAUAUAGCACAAACUUACUUCUUUGAAUAUGUAUCUGGGUUUAAUAACGCUUCUUUGGCAAGGAGCGAGCCUGUGUUUGUUCGUUGGAGCAAGCAUUCUCUCUACACGCCUACCAAGACUAUAUUCCCUUGCACUAACUCGUUUGUCGUUUCGUUCAACGCUCCCGAGUGUCACAAGACAACGGAUGUUAUAAGAGUUUACGAGCAAAAUUCUGGACGUUUUGUUACCGAGAGACCUGCGUUACCAGGUCACACGGCUGUGUUUUUUCCAUGUACUUUAUUCAACGACUAYAUCAAGGGAUAUUGCUUCCGUUAUGUUAGUAAAUCUACCAUGAACAGCAAUGCGGAAAGAAUACAAGCUUCGCACUGUGUUUCUACGCUUGAACCAGGAAAGUCGAUUUAUGACGGGUGGAGCUCGUGGUCUUACUGGAAUCUUUGUUCUAACUCGUGCGGAGAAGGCAGAAAAUAUCGAUACAGAUUUUGUUUGAGUUUAACCUCGUCCAAGGAUAAAAAUAAAGAGUGUGGUGGGAGAGCAGUCGAGACGAAACCCUGUGUUUUACGACCUUGUCCAGAAACAAGAAAUGCCUGUGCAUGUGGAUGCAGACUGACAGAACCCGAAGGCAUGAUCACUUCAUCACCUCAACUCUUCAAAAAACCUGGUCGUUCUCAAUGCACCUGGCGAAUAAAUGUCCCCGGCAACAAGAGAGUCAAACUGUGGUUCGACGCACUAAAAUUAGACGGUGAUUCUGUUUUCAUACGGGACGGCAAUGACUCGAGCGCGAACCUACUGGCUAAGAUUAAGGCGGACGACUACGAAGAUGCGAUCAUAUCAAGUGGGAACAGCAUGUAUAUUUAUUAUUAUCAUAAUGGAAAAUGGAUCAAUGGGACGCGGAGAGGAUUUACGGCAUCUUACAAAGUAGAAGACACUUCAGUGGCAGCAGUUUUCGCGUCUAGCAGACGAACCCUCGGAACAGCGGAAAUUUCAUUCCUCGCCAUCUUUAUCGUUGGGAUUCUUAUCAUGGGAAGCCUUCUUUUGAUCGUCUUUUUGAAACUUCGUCGUCAGCACAGGUUUUCAGCGUCCAGCGGUAGUUCUACGACAUCCGAGUCCACGAUACGAUCGGCUGGCACUCCAUCUCCACUUGAAGACGAGGCUUGCAUCAACGAACCACUGAAAUCAACCAAAGAUACCCGCACUAAGAAACCAUCGAAAGGAAAACGAGAAUACAAGGAAAGACAAAAAGAAAGAAGAGAACGACGAAAUGAAAUGACUUGUGAAGGAAAUCCCAUUCCUCGCUGCUCAUGCGCAUUAGUCUCCGAAUUCGAUUCCGGGUCCGGCACAAACUCUUACAGCGACGGCUCGCCACAAAGACACAACAGUGGUGUUUAUCGAACACUUGAAAGAACUAUAGACGACUAUACUGUCUGUGAUUGUCCAAUGUGCUUACGUCAUCAGAGAGAGUAUCAUAUUCAGGAGCCACACUUUGGUAGCCCUGAGAAAAAGUACUACGGUGACUGGAUGAUCCAGGAGUCGUAUAUGGAGGAUUCCAGGCAGAAUUACCGUAAUUCCUUUCCUCAAUAUGUUUAAAUUUUCAUGAUAGAUUUUUAAAAAGAAAUUUUGUAACGAUUUUUCUUUAUUAUGACUCGUGGUCGCCAUGUUGGUUGUAUCCAGUCCGUCUCGGUAAAGAGGCACGUGACAAUCAUGUCAGUUUCUAUGAGAAUCUGGCCUGGUUAACUUUCAAAAUGGCGGCCACUAGUACGAAAAAAUAUUGUAUAGUUCUUGGUCUUUACAAUGGGUAAUAAUUAGAUAUAUUAACAAAAUCUGCAAAGCAGAAAUAAUUUAUAUAACAAUAUUUUCUCAAGUCGUUAGGUCUUACAUGAAUAGAAAGUUUUUGUGAUAGUUUCAUAUUGUGUUCCGAGUAUUAAGACUUUUUUGGUAGUGGCUUGAUUUAAGUCGAUUCUCCAUGCAAAGGAAACGACAGACAACAAACUGAUUUGAGAUUCAUUGUCCCAUGUUCUGUACAGAGUGUGUCUCGAACUUGAUAACCCAUGAUUUCUUUAUUGAUCUAAAGGUCUUAAUUUAGAAAUAUUUUAUAAUAUCGCAAGCUCAUGACCGUUGGCGCUGAAUGGCACCAAAACUGAAUACUUCAAAUUUGCCACUCAAACUAAUCAAUAAGAAGUAUUAUCGCAUAGUAGAAUAAUAUUUCUUGCUAAAUGAUUGGCUUAUAUGCGGUCCAUAACAUACGGUAUGGACCCGCUCAAUGAAUUUGAGGUAUUAAUAUGCUUGCUUUUGAGACCCCAUCAAUCGGCCUAAGUGAUCUACGAUACAUUGGGCCUUACCAGAAACGCGGUGUUGGCAGUUGAUCAAACAAUGCUAUAGAUCACGUGAUAACUGCCAUCACAUGACCUUGUCAUCACGUGAUGAUAAAAUACUUCUUUUGUUCAAAUAAUUUAUCUAUGUUUUCAAUUUAAAAUGUUAUUGACGACUAUUUUAGCAGUUAAGUUUUAUAGCAAUUACCAUGUUUUUGAGGAAAGAGCAUUUUUCACGUGACAUCACAGCGGCCAUGUUGGUGCACCAAAACAAUACAUUUUCUAUCCUCGGGGAAUUGAACUCUAUUUUUUAUGCAAAAACGGUGCAGAACGUUUCUAUUGUUUGGUGCACCAACAUGGCUUCUAUGUCAUGUGAUUGAAAACACAAUAGGGCUAUACAGAUAUCCCUAAAUGGAAGGGGGAAUACUGGUAUUUCUAAACGAAAAGAUAUGAAUAGUAUAAUCUAAUACUGGUUAUUGACCCGUGUAAGACACAGACAUGUUUAUAUGAACAGUAGUGAAAAUAUAGAAUUAUUUAUUGAAUCGAAAAGGAAAAAGAAAAUCAAAUCCGAUGAAAUGAUCCCAUACAGCUAGGAGUUUUAUUCAAGAAAGUUUCUAAUGAUAUCAAAAAUAGCACUGUAAAUAAACGAAAUCACCUUUGUUUGUGAAUAAAUAAUAAUACGAAAUU